ACGUGAUUUUACCAGGCAAAUGGACAAAACAACACAGCGCCUUGUCAACUCCAGUUUCGAGCGUCAAGUCUGGGUCAAGGCUAACUUAAUUAUCUGCACAUCGUGCCACAAACAAUAUUGACAAACUAAAUUCAAAGCCAUGUCUGCCGAUAAAGAGAUUGAUCACCUGGUUCAAAGUCUGGGGCUGAUUUCUCAUCCAGAGGGGGGAUUUUUCGGCGAGCAGUACCGGACAGACAGACAGGUCACAUUCAUACAGGAUAACAAAUUUGAUGGACCUAGAGAUGGUGGCAGUUGCAUUUACUAUCUUUUAAAGUCUGACAAAUAUGUCUCCUUCCAUUUACCUCUGUUUGACGAGAUCUUUCUUUGGCAUGCAGGUGGACCAGCAAAGAUAUACACAAUAGACAACGAGGGAACAUUAUCCGAGAGUAUAUUGGGAGACACUUUGAAGAAUGGAGAUCAUCGUUAUCAAGUCACGGUAAGACACGACACCUGGUAUGCUGUGGAGCCAAUGGAGGGAACACAAUACACACUCUUUGGAGCCGUUGUCAUUCCAGGUUGGACAUUACAAGACUGGGAUCAGGGAAAGAGGGCGGAUAUGUUAAAGAAAUUCCCACAACAUGCAGAAUUAAUCACAAGGCUGUGUAAAGAAUGACCUCCGACACAAGAAAUAAUUCAACCUGUGUACAGCUUCAGGGCCAAGAAUAACAUUCAAUGUGCAAUCAAACACUGGUAGAAAACACUUUUAUUUCUAACUAAAUAAUAAAUAAUUCAAUCUAG